ACAGAAGCAUCGAAAAUACUGGCGAAUCUCAAGAUAAAGAGCCUUCGGUUUCAGUCUCGAAUCAAUCUCAAAUCGACCGAUUCUACAUCGCCUGUUCCACGGCCGCGAAGAGUGAAUUCAACAUGGAACGAUAAACCGGUCGAACGUGUAAACUCCGUUGAUCGGCAUAGUUUAGCGUCAAAGAAGACCGAGCGCAAAUCCAUAAAAACGAUCUUGAAGUUCUGGAAGAAGCUGAAGCCACGUAAAAACUCGAAAACGCAGUUAGUACCUGUCUCGAGCGAGUCACUGAUUCCCAUAUGGAACGUUAGCCAUGUCGAAGGAAAGAUGAGCGCAAAAUCUCAACGUGGUAUCCACGACACGACGCCGUCAACGACGAUGACAACGACAACGACGACGUCGACGAUGAUAACAACAGCGAAACGAUCCCCAACACCGAGGGUGAAUCCGCAAAAUCGUGCACCAAAACCGCAAAUAACUUAUGACUAUGAUGCUGCCAUUAGUCAACCCGAUGUACCGAAUUUUCUCGAUUUUAAGAAGGUUGGCCGUGGCACGAUGGUUAGUGGAGCUCCGCUUAAAAAGAGACCCAUAAAAGCUCGCGUAAGAUGUCGAAUUAUGUCAAGGAAGAAUUUUCAGAAAAGAUUUCAGACAUUUAGGCCGAAGUCAACUGUCGAAAAGCAUGCGAAAAUACGAUCACCUAAUUGCAAGAACACGAAUCAUGCGAAAAACACAAUUGUCCCGUUUGACGUAUCGAAAGACGAAAACGAUGUCGUUGAAGAAGAGAGUGCUACCGGUAAUAAUACAAUAAAUGUUGAUGAUUCAUCGGUUCGCCAGAAGAACCGGGAAAGAGCAGAUGAAAAAAUUGUUUUGUAUAAGGACGCAACGAAAGAAGUAAUUGAGAAGAUCGGUGAUAACCAUUUGACAGGAAAGAAAGUAAACAGUGAGAGACAAGACGAUCGCGACGGUAAUAGUAUGGCAAAAGCAUCGAUUAUUCGACUGAAAUGCAGCAAAAUUCCAAGAGCCAAAAUCAAGACUACUCCGGCUCACACGAUUCAAGAAUUUCAUUCGCUAGAAAAGGCAGAAAACAACAAAAUAAAAAAUUCACCAUGUUUGAAUUGUACUUUGGUCAACCGUACGCCCAAUAUCGAAGUAGCGAAAAGGAAGAUACAAAGGAUAACCGAUAAACUUCAUGAACGAAACUGUAAACAAGAUGUGGUACGCUUCGAAGAAUUUCGACAGGAUGCAAAGGCAGAGGAAGAAACAGAAGAAGAUCGUGAAUUUACCUCUACAGACGAAUCUCCAACUAUUAACAAUGUCGACGAUCCACGAAUUAUCACGAUUUUACGGACUCUGAAAUCAAAUUGCCCUUGUAAAUCGUGCAGCAAUCAAGAUUGCGAACCUCCUUCGAGCAGCCGACAAGGGGAUGACAGUGAUUUAAAUAGUUCGUCUCCCGACGAAAGCAGAAAGAGAAAAUGGACAUUGAAGCAUCGAAAGUACAUUAUUAGUUCAGAAGACGUGGACGCUUCCUCCGAGUGCAAUAAUACGAACGAUCAAAAGAAGAACAAGUCUCGAUUUAAAACGAAGAAUCCUUUGAUACAGCAAGCUAAAAUCAGUUCGAUAGUAAAUGCGUCGCCCAAAAUGUCUACACGACAAACGAAUUUUUCAUUUUUGAACACUCUAUUUGAUAUCGUCUUUUGGCCGUAUUUAUUUUUGAAAACGAAUCGUUGAAAAAAAAAACAAACUUCUGUCGAAUUCGGACAAUUCCUUUUAAGUUUAUUUAACGAUUUCUUUAAAACAUUUCUGUUUUCAAUCAACAGGAUAUUGAUAGUUGAGGUAUUUUUUAAAUUUACGAUUUCUAAACGUGUUAUUCUUUUAUUAAAAAUUAUACCAUAUAGAGUUAGAAAAUACACGCACA